AUGGUGCGCACGAAUGUCCUGGCUGAUGCUCUCAAGAGUAUCAACGCUGCUGAAAAGAGAGGCCAGCGCCAGGUUCUCAUCAGGCCAUGCUCCCAAGUCAUCGUCUGGUUUCUAACUGUGAUGAUGAGGCAUGGCUGCACUGGCGAAUUUGAAAUCACUGAUGAACACGGAGUUGGGAAAAUCGCUGUGAACCUCACUGGCAGGUGGAACAAGCGUGGAGCGAUCAGCCCCAGAUCCGAUGUGCAACUCAGAGGUCUAGAAAAAUGGCGGAACAACCUGCUUCCGUCCCAUCAGUUUAGUGUCAUUGCACUGACGACCUCAGCAGGCAUCAUGGACCAUAAAGAAGCAAGACGAAACACACAGGAGGGAUAA